AUGAAGCCAGAUAAAUGCAGUAAUUGUCAGGGUAUUGGGCAUGAUACUCAAGACUGUAGAGUGCAGAAGAUCAGGAAGAUGUGGGUACCAAAAACAAAGGUAUUCAAGAUCACUACAGAGGCAAGAGUAAUUGAGAAGGCAAAGGAAGUGGAAGUGGAUCAAGAGGGGUUUCAGAAAGCUCUCAAACCAAUUAUGGUGAGAAUGGCAGCAACUGAACCAACCACAAUCACUAAUCCAUUUCAGGCACUACAUAUGGAAGCUAGAAAACAGAAUGAGGUUAAGUCAUAUAUUAAUUCUCAUGCUGUUGGUCUAGUAAGCCUUCUGGAGACCAAGGUGAAAGCAAGGAUUCUGGGUAUGGUGUAUCAAAGAGUAUUCCCAGGAUGGUGUUUUACUUCUAAUUCUAGUAUGCAUGAUGGAGGAAGGAUCUUAUUGGCUUGGAAAGCUACUAGUUUCAAUGUGACGAUUGUAAAGAUAACUAGCCAGCUAAUCCACUGUCUUGUGCAGCCUAUAGGCAAGACUACUGGGUUUUACUGUUCUUUGGUGUAUGCUUAUAAUGAUAGGAAAGGGAGAGAGGAACUAUGGAAGGAUCUGAGAAGUGUGAGCACUUCAGAUCCUUGGUUAUUGAGUGGAGAUUUAAAUUGUGUCAUGAACACAGAUGAGAGAAUUGGUGCAACAGUUAGAGAGGUAGAAAUGGUGGACAUUAGAGAAUGUAUGAAUGUGUGUGGAUUGGAGGAUAUUAAGAGUACAAGGCAUUUUUACACCUGGAAUAAUAAACAAGAGGGGAAGCAGAGGGUGUUCUCAAAGUUAGACAGGGUGAUGGCAAACAUAGGGUGGCAGGAAGCAUUUCCAUCUCCUGAAGUUUGCUUUCAGGAAGAAGGUGAUUUUGACCAUUCACCUGCUCUUAUCACUGUAUAUCCUAGGGAGGAUACAGGUAGGAAACCAUUCAGAUAUUUCACCAUGUGGAAGGAUUCUUCACAGUAUAGAAGUGUAGUGCAGCAGGCUUGGAACUCAAGCAUACAAGGUUCCAAAAUGUUCAGAGUCAUGAAGAAGCUUAAGCUAGUAAAGAUAGCACUGAAAGAGUUGAAUAAAGAGUUAGGAAAUGGUGACAGCCCAAAACUUGAUGCAUCAGUUUCCUAG